CUUCACAGGAAUAGGGGAGGCUGCAGGGUGACCAACAGUGCCAUCUGCUGGCCUUCAAAGGAAUAGGGGAGGCUGCAGGAGGACCAGCAGUGCCAUCUACUGGCCUUCACAGGAAUAGGGGAGGCUGCAGGGUGACCAACAGUGCCAUCUGCUGGCCUUCAAAGGAAUAGGGGAGGCUGCAGGAGGACCAGCAGUGCCAUCUACUGGCCUUCACAGGAAUAGGGGAGGCUGCAGGGUGACCAACAGUGCCAUCUACUGGCCCUCACAGGAAUAGGGGAGGCUGCAGGAUGACCAUCAGUGCCAUCUACUGGCCUUCAAAGGAAUAGGUCAGGCCAGAGCAGAACGUGAUUGAUUUUCUUAAUCUAAAUAGGAAAUACUCCAUCCCAGCGAAACAUGAAAAAUAACAAAAUGCAUAAAGUUAUGUAGCAGAGAACUGCUGAAAAUGUAUAAACAUAAUAUUUUCACAAUGUGAAUUUUUUGUUGAGUUAGAAAAAUCACUAAUUACAGGUCAAAGACCAGGGAUCAAAUGAAGAGAGACCUGUUGCUAUACAGCGUUCCUCAGCCAAUGGGACAAGAAAUUAAUGUACUGACUAGAAAGCGCAUCACCUAAGGGCCUGUGCCUCCCAGGGUAGCUAUGCGCCCCCCGGUGCCCUUGCUGUUGAUUGGUCAUGAAGAGACUCAAACCACAAAAAUCACACCAGCAACCUAACCCCCCCCCCCCAAUGCUUCUGUGUGGUGUCCUGCCCAGUGGCCCUGAGCAGUUGUGUCUCCCAUCCUCACCCUGAUGCAUCCAGUCAGGAUGCCCUCAAUGAUGCAGUGGUACAAGUUCACCAGAGUUAUGGUUCCCAGACCAAAGCUCUUCAGCCUCCUCAUGAAGAACAGCAUCUGCUGAGCCUUCUGGAUGAUCGCUUCUGUUUUAGAAGAGCAGUCAUCUCCUUUAUUUAACCACAAAGGAGACCAUUGCACCGUCGUCUUCAAUUCCAUGCAUGAUGGCUCCUGGUCCAGUGAGCAGAGGGAGAAGAGCUUCCCCUUUAAGGAGGGGGAGGAGUUUAAGGUGAGGCCAUGCAUGUUGUGUGUCACCAAGGUCCAUUCCCCCAUGUUUCAAGUUUUUGCUGUUGCAUGUUUUCAGAAGAACAAAGAACAUAGUAAAAUGUUCUGCCACAGUUGCAGGGGAGCAGAGGGGUCAAUCUUUUUCUCUGUCAUCAUCAUUGUUCAUUUUUAUCCCUUUUUCUUCCAGGUAUCCAUCAGUUUCGACAACAGUACAUUUCAAAUCAAGAUGCCUGGCAACACUGUGUCAUUCCCCAAUCGUUUUGGUGCUAACAAGUUCAUGUUUAUCCAAGUACAGGGGGAUGUAAGAAUCAAGGGCUUCAAGAUUAGUUAAGCAAGUCUACAGGCACUGGAUGUGGCUGCUGAUUGGCUGUGAUCAGUGCCCUAUACUCUGUGAAGCUUAACCAUGAUGCUUAUUGUUAACACCACUAAUGCAGUAGUGACUAUACCAUGUGUUCCUUCUUGCUAUAUGCCUCUGUUUGAACCUGCACAACUUUCCUCGCUGGUCUUCUGAAGGUAUUUUAACUCCAAACUAUGAAAAUAAUUUCAACAUUUCAGCUGUUUUAAUAAAUCUCACUGCAUUUUGCACUGCUUUCAGUCUG